UUAACCUAGACUAGAAGAGAAGCUCGGAAGGCGUGAAUUCACAGUAAACCCAAGCGGAAAAAGCAAAACUCCCGAAGAUCAAACGAGAAAGGACACGAAAAGUCUGCCAUAAACUACCAACAAUUACCAGCAUUCUGCGGCUCUAGGAAUUUAUCCGUGAUUCGUCGAUUCGAUUGAUGUAGUAUCGUAUUCGGGACGUAUACUGGUUUGUAGAGAGCCUCGAAGCACUAAAUUCCCGAGGAACGGCAUGGACGAGUUGAAAAUUUCUCCGGCCGAUCCUAGGGGAAGUCCGGCGAAAGACCAGCAGGCUGCUGGUGUGGGAAUUCUUCUUCAGAUUAUGAUGCUCGUGCUGUCCUUCGUUCUCGGCCACGUUCUACGCCGCCAUCGGUUCUACUACCUCCCGGAAGCUAGUGCGUCCCUAUUAAUUGGGUUGAUCGUGGGAGGUUUGGCGAACAUUUCUAAUACGGAGAAUAGCAUCAGGGCGUGGUUCAAUUUCCACGAGGAGUUUUUCUUCUUGUUUCUGCUGCCGCCGAUUAUAUUUCAAUCUGGGUUCAGCCUUCAACCUAAGCCAUUCUUUUCUAACUUUGGGGCCAUAGUCACAUUUGCAAUUUUUGGAACUUUUGUUGCUUCUGUUGUCACAGGAAUUUUGGUAUAUCUUGGUGGAAUAACAUAUCUCAUCUACAAACUUCCUUUUGUUGAGUGUCUGAUGUUUGGUGCUCUCAUCUCAGCUACCGAUCCCGUCACUGUUCUUUCUAUAUUUCAGGAGCUUGGCACGGAUGUGAAUCUCUAUGCCUUGGUCUUCGGUGAAUCUGUACUAAAUGAUGCAAUGGCAAUUUCUUUAUACAGGACUAUGUCAAUGGUGAGGAGCCAUAUGUCAUCUGAUCAAAGCUAUUUCAUGGUUGUGGUCAGAUUUCUUGAGACUUUUGUUGGCUCAUUGUCUGCAGGAGUUGGAGUUGGGUUCAUUUCUGCUUUGCUUUUCAAGUAUGCUGGUCUGGAUAUUGACAACCUGCAAAACCUGGAGUGCUGUCUGUUUGUUCUUUUUCCAUAUUUCUCAUACAUGCUUGCUGAAGGUCUUGGUCUCUCGGGUAUCGUAUCAAUAUUAUUCACAGGAAUAGUGAUGAAGCACUACAGUUUCUCAAACUUAUCUGAGAAUUCUCAGAAAUUUGUUUCUGCAUUUUUCCAUUUGAUAUCAUCGCUGGCAGAGACCUUUGUAUUUAUCUACAUGGGAUUUGACAUUGCUAUGGAAAAACACAGCUGGUCUCAUGUUGGCUUUAUAUUUUUCUCAAUUCUAUUCAUUGGAGUUGCAAGAGCUGCAAAUGUGUUCUCGUGUGCAUAUUUGGUGAAUUUGGUUCGACCUGCACAUCGAAAAAUACCAAUGAAGCAUCAGAAAGCACUUUGGUAUAGUGGGCUUCGAGGGGCAAUGGCUUUUGCAUUAGCGCUGCAAUCAAUUCAUGAUCUUCCAGAAGGACACGGUCAGACAAUCUUCACCGCCACUACUUCAAUAGUUGUUUUGACGGUCUUGUUGAUAGGUGGAUCAACUGGAACCAUGUUGGAAGCACUGGAAGUUGUGGGUGAUGACCAUGAUGGCCCAUUAGGUGAAAGUCUGGAGACAAACAAUACAUACAGAGCUCCUAGAUACGAAGGGGAGCCGUCAUCUGGAAACCGUUUUAAGAUGAAACUGAAAGAGCUUCGUGAGAGCGCUGCAUCGUUUACUGAAAUAGAUAGAAACUACCUCACCCCAUUUUUUACAUCUCAAAAUGGUGAUGAAGAUGAACACGCUGAGCUUUUUGGUGAUUCACGGAGGGGAGGUUACCAUUGACAUGGCCAAACAUCACUACAUUGGUUGGAUGGUUUUUCUCAUCUUGCACCACAGAUAGAUGGUAUGGAGAACUUCUACUCAUCCCUUCCAGUUAUUAUAUAUUCUUUUCAAGCAAAUAUACGAUGCUCGACAAAACCGGCAAGUAGAUAUUUGGAGAUAGGCUUGCUAAGUGCUAACAGCGACAGUAUUCAGACAAUUCCUGCUGUACAUGAUGAUGAUGAUGAGGAUGUAUGAAAUACUA